AUGGCUUCCCCCAACGCCGCGUUCCGUCAACGUCACAGCCAACCCUCAAUGUUCACGCCAGCUGCUGCUGCUGCCUCUUCUUCUUCUUCCACUUCGCAUCGGACCCCUUCGGCCGACACAACAACCGCCGGUCCAGCUACGGAUGGUGCUGCCGACCGUGAUGCGCGACGGGCGGCCAGCGACCCCACGCCCGGGCUGCGCCGUUCAGACACAUUUGGACAGCUCGCCGCGAUCCUGAGCGACGACUACAUUGGCGAGAGCAAACCUCUGCUGCUCGCCGUGCCCGCAGCGAUUGCGCUGUCGCUGGUGCCGCGCAUGCCCGCAGCGCUCGUCUUUGUGCUCAACGCCGCGGCUUUGGUGCCCUUGGCGGCGCUCAACAUUCUCACCGUCCUCACCAUGACGAAGAAUGCUAGGGUGUGGGGUGGGCUUUUCCGUGCAGUUGGCGGAAAUUCUACAGAAUUUCUCAUUAGCGCUGUGGCACUGGGCCACGGCGAGAGCGCUCUCGUCCAGCAAACCAUGAUUGGCAUUAUACUGAAUUAUGCGCUUCUUGUCCUUGGGGGCAGCUUUCUACAUGCCAGCUACGGCAAAAAAGACGCCGUCUUCAGCAAGAGCAGAACCAGCAUCAUGUCCUCCCUAGUCAUGGUCACGUCCUUUUGCCUUGUCAUCCCCACAGUCAUGUCUCUCACAACCGGUGAUGGAGGUCUUGAAUCCCCCGAUGCCAUUGACCGCGGUAUCCUCAAUCUCUCGCACAUGACUGCCGCUGCUCUCGUCCUUCUCUUUUUCACCUACCUGUCGUUUCGCUUCGUCACCCACGGCCAGUUCUUCCCAGUGAACCCAGGCGCCCUGCAGUUCAACCCCGACAGCCGCACGAAUACGCAACUCGACUCGAAGCAGCAGCCAAGCGCCGCUGGAACUUUUGCGCUGGGCAUCAGCUUGCUUGGCAGCUUGUCCUGUACAAUCGUCUGUGCCGUCUUCUUGCUGCGCAGCAUGAAUGUAGCUGCAGAGAGCCUGCACAUGACAAAGACAUUUGUCGCUUUUGUUGUCUUGCCACUCAUUGUCAGCUCGGCCAAGUCUGUAAGCAUCAUCCGCCACGCCCGGGCCGAGGAAAUUGGCGGUGCACGCAUGAGCCGCCUCGACUUUUCCAUCCGCUCUGUAAUGACCAACGUCCUCGAUACACUGCUAUUCAACAUACCGCUACUUGUCUUCCUCGGCUGGGCCUUGGACCAGCCAAUGGUGCUCGUAUUCGGCCUCUUUGACGCGGUUGUUUUUGUUCUCUCUGUCACCAUCAUGACAUUUCUUGUCCGCUACGGCAAGACUACAUAUUUCGAGAGUUGUAUGCUCAUGGGGACAUACCUCUCCAUGGCUAUCGUCUUUUUUGUCCGACCAGACUUUGCUAAUGGUGCUCGGCCGACGCCGGAGUUUACUCCAGAUAGCCCGCCUCAAGCCAGUGUCUUGUAA